GGACUUCUUUUUGAAAAUAUUAGUGAAGGAGAUUAGGCAGAGGGCACGUGGCUGCUCCUGGUCACCAAGCGAUUUCCCCACCCUCUGCUUGCUGGCUGCAAAGCCUGACCCGAGGGAAGCCGCCAGCCGCCCUGUGUCUUUGGAAAGAGAGCGAAAGUCCCAGAGUCUGGAUCCUGGUGGCUGCAUUGAUCAGAGAGGCAUUGAUUUGUUCUCGCUGACCAUAUGGCUGACAAGGGUAUGGAGGCCUCCGAGGAAGAGAGAUUGGACGAGAUGUUAGCUGGGUGCUCCCAGUUUGAGCAGUUUGUUUUUUUUACACUGCAGCGAAUGUUGCACGGAGCAAAAGAAAAGGAAGAAAAGCUUUUGAGGCAUGAAGAAUCACUGAGAAAUUCUGAAAAGGAAGCUGAGGAUUGGAGGAGUGAAAUAAAAGUAUUCAAAGAGCAGGUCCAUGAUGUAAAAUCUAGGAUAGAUGAAAUUCAGAGAAGGAUAAAGGACGAACUACAGAAUGAACAGCAAGCUGUCAAGGAGGCUAACGAAACAAUUGCGCACCUGCAAAAAGCAAAUGAGGAGCUUCAACGAGAGGUCAAAGAGGCAAAAGGACAUGCAGAAUUUUGGGAAAGGAAAUGUUCUGAACAGCGACCAUCUAUCAUUUCAGAAAAAGGCCACCCACAAGAAGGCGAAGAAGGUGAGGGAGAGGCAAUGCCAUCAGCAACCGAGGCUGCAGAUGUCGAAGAAGACCUUCUCAAGAGGCCAAGCUUCACAUGCCCUUCCUCAGUAACAGCUACCCCUGGAGCUCCACCAGUCGAAAAGUCUUUUCUGGAAGAGAGCAGGAUUCUGCCACAGAAGAGGAGCUCUUCCCAGAAGUCUUUAGGAGAAAGUUGACAUCCACGCCUCUCAUGACAACAGAAGAGCCCAGUUCCCAAUCGGAGCCAAGCACCAGCAGAGAAGGCACUGAACCAUCUCCCACCAUACCAUCCAAGCGGCAAAGGAGGGUGAGGCCAGAGUAUAAAACAAAACUCCCCAAUCUUCGAGAAACAUCUCAGGAAUCAAUCAAGUACUAUGAAGAAAACAUUCAACCCUUUGAGCCGAAGGAACAUCACAUUAAGUAUCUCUCUGUGAAUCAAGCUGCCUUUUCAAGGUUUUGGGUUUCAAGGGUGUUGAAGGGAACAUAUCCCUCUAUAAAGUGUGUCCCAGAUUUUCUUCAAGAUGGGUAUAACCUGGGAAUUUUUCACAUCAAAACAUUUCACCCAAAGGAGGCAACUGAUGCGGAAAAAUUUUGGAUUCAAAAACUAAAAAAUGAUUAUAAAAUACUUGUGAAAACUAAUUUUGAGCCCAGAGAAUAAAGAGGCCUCUUUGGGGCUUUUCCCAGUGUCUGUUAAGAUGCUCAGUUACAAACCUUUGGGAUGUUGUUUAAGUUUUGUUCUGCUUCUCGGUUAAAUCUGUGGUCAAGUAUGUUUUGCUUGAUGCUUCCUGUUUUACUGUUUACAGUUAGUUUCACUGUUAUUAAGUUGUUAAAAAAAUAAAACCAAGUUGGCAUGUUUGAAAGAGA